CACACUCCUCCCUCUGCCGCAAUUGGCAUAAAAGUUAACCUUAACUUUCGUCUCCACCUCCACUUAAUCUUCGUCUCUGACGUCGUUCAUUCAUAGUCCUUAAAAAACGACAAACAAUCAAUAUCAAUCAAACUGGCGAAGAUGUCGAGAACAUACUGUAUUCCAGGCGUCUUCUUCCUCUUCUCUGCCUGGUUCCUCCUUUUCAUCGUCUCAAUCUCUCUCCCAAGUUUUCAGGCCAUGGACAUUACUCGCGUCCAUUCCAGUGGACAGGUUUCAAGCAACAACAACGAAGCAUUCACCCAACUUAGACUCGGUAUUUGGGGUUAUUGUGUUGACCUGUCUGCGGGCCGCACGUGUUUCAACACUGGCCAUGGAUACUCGCUCACUGUCACCAACUCACAGAAUGUUGAAGUGACUAUAGGUCCUUCAUGGACACGUGGCCUCGCUACUCUUCCCGUUGCCUGCUGUGUUGCAUUUAUUGCACUUCUUCUAUCCUUUUCCCAGCACAUCACAAUUACCUUGGUGGCUUCUCUAGUCUCAUUCCUCGCGGCCCUGAUUACCCUCGUCGCAUUUGCCAUCAAUAUCGCUCUCUUUGCCUAUGUCAAGCAAGAAUUGGGUACGCUAAAUAUAAGCGAGACAACCAUCACUGGGCCUGGUUUUUGGCUCACAUUCGUAGCCCUGAUUCUGCUUCUCUUGGCUGGAUGCACUGUGUGCUUCGGCCGUCGUCGUGACAGAAUGGCAGGUGCUACCAAUAACGCAUACCAGCUGAAUGGCCCCAAGGGCGGGUUCCUUUCGCGCUUCCGCCGCAACUAGGAUUCAUGACUUUCACGGAUGGAUGGAAAAUUGAUGAUCUUGCUAUAUAUACCGACUGGACGCCGCACGUCGAAUUUUCGCGCGCAUCAUUUGUUGCAAAGGUUCUCCUAGUAGUGACCGUGGACAGUGUGUUCAUUCUAUCGAUUUGUCUUGUAUACCAUGUUGGACCCUUUUAUGAAUUUGACAUCUAUAUUUGGAA